UCUGCUUUUCAUGGUUCAUUCCCCCUUGAAAAGGGGAAGAUGAGAGGGAGAAUUUGGCUGGAUGAAUUAUGAAUAGAUGAUGAUGUAUGGAGAGAUGCCUGCUAAAAUGCUUUUUGUUGUGGUCUCCGUAAUUUCUUAAGAGUUUCUACAUGAUCCUGAACUGGCAUAUCUUCUCCAUUUUCAGCUUAGAAGCAUAUAGCUUGGGGGUGAGAUCGAGUCUGUGAAAGAAAGUACUAGAUUCAGCAAAUGUCUGGCUUAGAACCAGUCCCAGUGUCGCUAGGUCUACCAGAGCUCCAGUUGCAAAGAUCAUAUAUAUCGGAUUACAAAAACUCUGGAGAGAAAGAGCAAAGAAUGGACCCUGAUGCACCCACUACAAGUUCAGGAGCAACCUCCGGUCGCCGGUCUCGUGGACGGCCUUCCGGUUCGAAGAACAAGCCGAAGCCACCAAUACUCAUAACCAGGGAAAGCCCGAAUGCGCUGAGGUCCCAUGUACUAGAAGUCUCUGCGGGUUCAGACGUGGUGGAGUCAGUGUCAAACUAUGCUUGCCGCCGCGGCCGCGGAGUUUGUGUUCUCAGUGGCAGCGGGGCUGUCACCAAUGUAACCUUGCGCCAGCCAUCGGCAGCUGGCGCCUCAUCUGGGGGCAUUGUAACAUUACAUGGGCGGUUUGAGAUUCUUUCGCUGACUGGGACAGCUUUGCCACCGCCGGCUCCGCCAGGAGCCGGUGGAUUGACAAUAUUUUUGGCAGGUGGGCAGGGACAGGUUGUAGGAGGGAGUGUGACAUCGCCACUGACGGCUUCAGGUCCUGUGCUGUUGAUGGUGGCAUCAUUUGCAAAUGCAGUAUAUGAUAGGCUGCCAUUGGAGGAGGAAGAGCCGUCACCGGUGCAGUUACAGCCCACAAACUCACCAUCUUCGGAAGUGACUGGUGGGGGUGGGCAAUUGGGUGAGGCCAGGGGAAGCGGCAACAGCAGUGGCGGCGGUGUUCCUUUUCAUAACUUGGGAGCGAGCAUGGGGAAUUUUCCUUUCCCUGGUGAUGCGUUUGGUUGGAGUGGCAAUGCAGCCCGGCCUCCAUUCUAGUUUUAUUUCAUUUGUCAGAUGAGUUAGAAUGAAAAGCCUGUGAUAUUUCAUCAUGAAGGGGGAAGAAAGAAGAAGAACAAACAUGUUUAUGAGGCAAAACUACUUAUGUCUUCAGUAAUGUUAUUUAGUAGACUGCUAUACGACUGUUAUACAACUUGACGAUGCGAUAAUAAAAAUUAGUCAUUAGAUCAAUAACGUAUAAAAAAAAAAAGGGUUGAUUUCUAUUAAUAUAUCAUUCUAGUUGUAUGAUAGUCGUAUAACAGUUUGCUAAAUUAUAUUACUCAGGUAUUUUUACGAGGAUAGAUCAUGAAACUCAGUUUGUCAGGAUGGGAAAUGAGCCACAGUUGGACCCAAGUACUUGGAAUAUAUCCUCCAUAUCAGUAAGUCCGAUUUGUGUACAAAACAUCAUAACAUUGUUUUCUUUUCUUCUAGCCUCCUCAAUUAAUUGUUUGAGAUUUUCCUUUU